GUCUUCUUUGAGGAUAUACAACUGGGUGAUGCCUUUUUUUUUUUUAAUUGCAUUUAUUUAUUUAUUUUUACGGACUGAUUCCCAAUGCGUCUUGAGAUUAAUUUAAAGCUGAAAGUCACGAUGUGAAUGUCCAGCAUCAGUUUAUCCAAUGAUUGAGACCAGCACACCGACCAUGUUUGACAGAACUGAACAGGCACACUGCACUGUGUGCUGCUGCACUCUGGCCAACAAAAUCCUCAUGGUGCUCUUCAUGGUUCUACUGAUCUUUGCCACUUUGUUUGGGAAUCUGGUGACUCUGGCUGUGGUGCUGGGAACCAAACACUUCCAUACACCACAGGGAUACUUGAAGGCAUCCCUUGCUGUGGCUGAUCUGGCAGUGGGGAUAUUUGUGGUUCCACUGUCAGUUUAUGCAGAGGUUUAUCUCAUGGUAACUGACUCAGCACCGGAGUGGACCUCAUACAACUCACAAUCAAUGAGUUUCCACCCAUGCAACAUCAUCGGCCCCAUCUUUGCUGGGUGCACUUUGGUCUCCAUUACAACUAUUUUCCUUCUGACGAUCGAGCGGAGCAUCGCUGUGCUCAGGCCUUUGCACAAGGACUCAGUGAUUACCCGUAAAAGGACCACAAUCCUCAUUGUCCUCUCCUGGGUAGGAAGCUUCUUCUUGGCUGUGUGCCCGAUGGUUUUCAGCCGUGAGAUUGCUUUGGAGUAUAACGACUGCAGCCGGAUGUGCAACUAUGCUCUGGGGACAAUUGGCAAGUUCCCUAGCCAGGCCUGGAACAUCCUCCUCCUCUUCCCUGCAUUUGACUUCACCCUUCUUGGUGGCACUGUGGUUAUUAAUAUCAUCUCUCUUUCCAGCAUCAGGCAGCACUCAAGACGCAGGAAACACUUGGCUGAGACUGAAAGCCAAAGCACGACCAAACCCACAUUCUCAGACAUUAAAGCAGCCAAAACCAUCGGGACUCUAACUGUGGCUUUCACUGUAUCAUUCACUCCAAUAGCUGUCUUUGUGGUUGGGAAUGUUUUAGGGAAUAAAUGGUGCAACUUUUCCUUUUUGGCCUUCUGGAUUUUGGCCACCAACAGUUGCUGGAACGUCAUUAUUUAUAGCGUGAGGGAUCAGAAGUUCAGGCUGCGGGCACAGAAACUCCUGAUGCCUUUUCAUAGAAAAAACCACCAAAACUUAAAAUCACCAGGGAUCAAAGACCAACAUCAAACAUGAGGAGGACUGCAUC